GUCACGCAGCAGUGAUCUCAUAGGUUUGAUUGCAUCAUGUAACUUGGUGACUCAUGGAGAUCUAGUCCCUCCCGUUUCGGCGAAACCUCCUCUGCCCUGUAAGAUAAAAGGACCUGGAUCAUACACACCAACGGAGAAGAAAAGCAUCAGAGAUGUUCUCAGAGGUCGAGUGCGGAGUUUGUUACCGGACCUACAACGCGGCUCGCCGCUGUCCCCGGGAGCUCCACUGCAGGCACACCUUCUGUGAGAGCUGCCUCCGGGCUAUGAGCCGCCCGGUGCUGCCCGGGGCCAACCGGUCCAUCGACUGUCCGCUGUGCCGACACACCACCACCCUGACUGCAGAGGGGAACUUAAAAUCCGAGCUGAGGGUGGAUGAGUCCGCCCUGGAGCGGCUGGUAGCAGCGGGAGUCCUAGAACAGGAGGAGGACGAGGAGGACGGCGGAAAAGUUCCAGAGUGCGAGAGGGAAGUUCCACAGACUGAAGCCGAGGAGAGCGACUCCUCUGCGGGGCACAGAGGUGGGAGAUUCCGGCGGUCCUUGACGAAAGUGUGGAUGAAGAUAAGCGGCAAGAGCGAUCGGCGAAGACUAGAUGGGUGCAUGACCAGCGAUGAGCUGAGGAGCAUGGCCAUGAUGGCCAACUAUAUGUUCUAAGCUGCACUCGGUCCUCCCCACAGACCUCGGAUAAUGUGAUAUUUGUUGUUAGAGCUGACCUGGAUGAAGAUCAUGAACUCUUGCUGGCAGGACCGCAUAAUCGCUAUUUAAUGCUUUAUUGUAAUGGUGCAUUUCACUGCCAAAGAAGGAUGCUUUCAGGCGCUUUGAUGAUGCACAAGUGUAUUUAUUUAAUAUUUAUAACGUUUAUGAGCUAUUUUUUACAAUUUUGCUUUUAAAGACUAAUAAAUUGCUUCUUGUUUUAAAAAAUAAAAUCUGCUUGUUUUUUGAGAGUGAAUGAUAAAAUUGGAAAACUUUAUGCAAAUCAAGUCUGAUUGUACAAAGUGAACAAACUAUAAAACACAGAAUUAAUUCAAAUAAAAUAUAAAGGAAGAUAAUCUAAUCAACAAUAAAGGAAGCUUUUGUUAAAAUGUGGCGGAUAUAAAUCUAAUAUGCUGAGGAAACUUCUGAGUGUCCUCCUUGAUGUGGGCUAAGGAGGAACCUGCAGCCAGGUGAUCAGCAUUGUCUUCAAUCAGCAGCAGCAGAGCUUCCCUACAGGACAAGAGAGACUGAUGAACUGCACCUAAUUUAAAGCUUUUCUUUUGACUAUCAUAAAAACCUGGGUGGAAAUUGUCAUGACGGGCAGCUGUCUGUUUUUCCCAAGACUCUUUGUGAUGAUCUGUGCUGCUGUCGUGUUGAUGAUAAUGUGUUCACAGGUUGUGAGAGCCAGUCCAACAGUACCUGUAGUCCAAAAGAGAGUGAAGUUCAGCACCCUGAGACGACUGAAUACUGCACAACAGUUUCCCUCCUUAGCUGGUCUCCUGUUUAAAGAAAGUGAAGUCCAAACACCAGCAGACACCUUUUCAAUCAGUAACCAUCAAUCCCAUCCUGUGCAGAUCACACAAGGUAGCUAUAUUUAUAGUCAAUACAGCCUUGAUAAGACUCAGCCUCGAGUGAGAAUAACCAAAGUGCAGAGAAGUGAAAUGAGGCCAGCAAGCAGCAUUUUCACCACCCAUUCCCUGUACGAAGGACAAAGCUUUGAUAAAUCCAGAACUCCUAAAAACACACUUCCCCAGAAAGAAGAAAACACUGGAAAUUUGUACAACUCUAAAGUGAAUAUGCUUAAAUAUCCAAAGAAACCUGGCAGUGAAGGAGAAAUAUGGACAAGUCCCUCAUCAAAGGUACAUGAAGAUGUGUCUGGAAGAAAGUUGUAUUCUGUUUUUCCAUCCCAGACUGGUAGCCUCCAGAGUGCUCAACAUCAAACCCUAGGGGUAGAAGGCAGUGAAUUUAUGGGAAAAAAUCUGCUUCCUACAAUCAGAACCUGGAGUGGAGCAACUAAGAUGCAACCUAGAAAAGUUCUUGACUUUACAAGUCAGACUCGGAACCGUGCAGAAUCACUUAGCAACAGUUUAAGUGUUAUUAAACGAAACCCAAGCCAUGAAAGGUUUCCAAUCGGCUCAAAAUUCCCACUGAACCAAAAUCCUAUAAGUAGUGAAGAGAUGCUGGAACCCAAAAACAUCCAAUCAUAUCUCUUCAAAGACUCUCCGUCUCAAGUUCAUGCUGUAACGGGUAGUGGACAAGAAGUUUUUAGAGGAGCAAGUGAUGCUGUAAGUUGGACCCUGAAGCAAAGCCCGUCUGGUGCACAAGAAAAGAGCAGGUUUAUUUCUAAUUUCAAUCAUUUUACCAGAACAGACCCAAGCAAGCAGGAAUCUGAAUCCCAAAUUGGUUUUAGUAGACCUCAGGUCAGAUUAUAUCCUACGCCACACAAGGCCUUAACCCCUACACCAGGUUUUCUGCAUCCUCUUUCAGCAGAGGACAAGAACCAGCAAAGUCUUGUCUCUGUUGGUCAUUCACAUUCUCAGGAUAGCAGAAAGACAUUUGCUUCACUGGACCGAGUCAAUGCAAUUUCGAGAUAGCUGACACAAGACUACAAACCAAGACACUCUAUUAAAAGGAUCCAUCAUCUCGAUGCGCAGAAACCUGUGGAGAUGCCUGGUUCCUCUUCCUCAGAUAGAACACAAUCCAGCCUGGAUAAAGGAAAAGACUUCAGGUUUGGAUUUUCAAAAAAUUACCCUUAUUCAUCACAAAAGUAUAGCUUUGGCCAGAGAAAAGCUUCUGCUACAUCUACCACACCAGCUAAGCCAGACACAAUGGAAAUUAAUUCCCCAUCUACUGUAGCCCAAGUCAGCAGAACAUCUACUGGUCAACCUUUCACAUCAAUGCUCAUGGGUCCAAAGGACGAAACUGGGGUGAGAAUCGACAGAAAUGCCAUUGAAAACAGAUUUAGACUGUACAAGGGAAGGUUUGGUCUAAAAGGAUUUGGCAGUCAACCACUUGAGGGAGCCAAUGCUUUACCUCUGAGCACAGACACAUCCAUCGUACCCAAGCAGAGUUUCAAAGGGUUUGAACUCAGGAACUCGGAGAUCUCCAGACCCAAACGCAUCAGGAUUCACAAAUGGCACAAUCAGAGGGAUGAGACUGAGCCAGGUAACAGUGGUGACUUUAAAACACCUCCCAGCACUGCAAGAGGAGAUGGAUCAGUCCCAAGAUUUAAAUCGAAUCAUACCACCAUUCAGGUCCAGACUCUUCAGGGAUUUCAACCCAGUAAAAACCGAACUGUGCGUAUUGGCAGCAAAACCAGCUGGAAUUAUUCGGAGCAAAAUCCUGUGUGGCUCACUAAAAUAGCUUCCUCAUCUUAUCUGGGAUCAGAAGGGCGCCUUAAAGAUAAAAUGAGCCCAUCGCCGAUGCCUAGAGCAGCUAAAGGAAACAGACCUGCCACAGAGGAGGGGGCCUGGUUUAAGACUCCCACCAGCAGCACGGUGAGGGGCAAACGGGUGAAGCUGGUGCAAACUGGCAGAAGAAAGCUCAUCGGACCCAUCGUCGGGAAUUCAACCAGCAACUCAGUCAUAUGCAGGCUGCCCAGAGUGAAAGCUGUAACAUACGAAGACAUUCUGGCAAGUGCUUCAUUCAGCAGUGUAAGGGCUCCGGGUCAUCAGGGUCAUUUCCCAAACAUGACGAUAGGAGAGGAAGAAGGUUGGAGCUCAACAACAGAUGGUGUCAAGAACAUGAGCAGAAGUCCUGAAGCAAAUGUUAUCAAUGAGAAGAAAGACAGGGAGAGUGUUGGGAGAAAGGAGGAAACAAACAAUGAAGUAGAAAUGUCAGAUUUAUUUUUUGAGACUGAAGGAAGUGGACGUUUUGAUUUGUCUAAUGUUUUAUUAACUGCCACAGAGGAUGUGCCAGCAGGGAAUGAUCUGUUGGAUCUCGAUUACCUCCGAAAAUCCACAGGCAACAUCUCCUUCAAAUCACUGAGUAAAUCACAUCUGGAGCAGCGAUAGAAACAUGCUGAAAUAUUCCCUAGUUGGAGAUACUCCAAUAAACAAAGGUUUGAAAAAAUA